CUACUAAUUUUGAGUCUUCUGGUCAUGUUGGGAUCGAUACACACCCUAUCAAGUUUAAACAACUCUAAUUUCUCUUUGAGAUUGAUAAAUCUAGCAUAUAGCAUUUGACUUAGUCCAAGCCCACAAACUCAUCGUCGAUUGGACCGGGCUUAAUCGAGUUGCCUGCCGAGCUGAGCCGAUCUGAACAACUUGGUUCAAUCAUCGAACUCUUUAGUUCCUAGUUUCCAUCAAUCACCCAACCAAACCCUUUUAAAUUCAUUUUGGAUUCUCGCCAUCUCUCAAUUCUAUUUCCUAUCGGCCACCCAAACGCACAUAGAGACGAAGAACUCUUUCAGGGCUCCUCGUGCCCCGUGCGGGCAUCUAAUUCCGAACCAGAGAAGAAAGACAGUACGAAUCUCUGAUGACUAAAGUAAUUGCAGAUCAAACCAGCGCAUAUUGUUUGUAAGAUAUGAUGAGAAGGAGCUACCUGUCAUGCCCGGUUGGCUUGCACACAUUCCAUUAGUCUAAUCUGUUGGUUCCGCAACUCCCCGGAUUUCACCGGAUCCGCCUUGCAUAGACCACGGACGCACUCCCGCGGGAUCGAUGUGACUUGCAACGAAUCAUGAGACAUUUCGUGGCCCUCAAUGUGUUUGAUGAAUUGACGAAUUCGCAUGGGCUGGCUUCUCUCGGCAAGCUCACUACUAAAAGGUUCAACAGUAUGGCGUUGGUCGUGCUUAUCCGAGUUGGUAGAAGAUUCACUCCACCGCUCGUGCGCGCCUUUGGUUUUCCUCUCUUUCUUUAAUGGAUUAGUUUGUUUAGUACUCUAAGCUCACCGAACCCCGCCCUCGUUUAAGAACUGCCGGCCUCCGACUCCUCUCCCUCUCAUCCCUCGCUCCGCAAGAUACGCAGACGGAAAAAGAAGCUCAACUUAAAGAGAUUGGAGAUCAGGAAGCGUACCAGGCCAAAGGAGAUGGUCUCAGGAUUCCACCGUUCCGUGUCUCUGCCGGGAUCGAACCGCCUCGAUGAGCCCUGCCACCUCCGCUCCACCAGCCUCCCCUGCCGCUCCCACCCGGCCCUCUCCCACCUCAUCGACCAGAUCCGCUCCUGCCUGGAUCCCUGCACCCGCUGCUCCUCCCCCGCCGCGGGGCUCGGCCGGAUCGACCGUCUCCUCGCAGCCCUCGACGACCUCCUCCGAUUACCUCAGGCCCAGGACACGCUCCGAGGCGGACCCGCCUGGGUCGACCGCCUUCUCGACGGCUUCCUACGCCUCGUCGACGCCCACGGCUCCCUCCGCUCCGUCGUCACAGCCCUCGGGCAAGACCACGCGGAGGCCCGGGCCGCGAUCCGGCGGCGCGACCCCGUGCGGCUCGCCUCCGCCGCGCGGUCCCACCGCCGGGCGGAGAAGGAGCUCGCCAGGCUCGCCUCGACCGUCAAGGAUCUCGCCAGAUCUCGGUCCCUGAACCCGGGGCUGUGGGCGGAGGAGGCCGAGGCCGAGGUUGCCGGCAUCAUCGCGGAAGCGGUGGCGGCAACGGCGGCCACGUCGAUGGCGGUUUUCUUGGCGAUCGCGGCGGUGUCAUCGUCGGCCGCCACCUCGAUGUCGAAGGGUUCUUGGACGGAUCGGGCGUUGAGGAGGGCAUGGAAGAAGCGAAGCGAGGAAGGGGCGAUGAAGGCGAUGGAGGAGAGCAUGGAGGGAUUGGAGGAGGGAAACGGGAGGGUGUUCAGGAGUCUGGUGAACACGCGAGUCGCGCUUCUUAAUAUACUAACGCCCUCUUUGUAGAGUUUGGCGCCAAAUCUUAGAAUUUGAAAUCAAAUGAGAAAUGUACAGUGUGCAAAAUAAUCAUCAUAUCAAACAA